AUGCGCUCGAGUGGAUCCGGACGAAGUACAGUCAAGGAUCCAGAACCGCAAACGGGACUCUACUACCAUCCGACGCAGAUCAGCAUCGCUCGUGGUAACGGCCAGCCCGCAUCCACCGUGAACGGUUGGGCGAUCUCGUUCCUACCCAAACCAUCCGCCUCCGAGGACGUUGUCAUCGCUUACGUCCUGCCCACAACCACGUCGUCAUCGCAAGACUCGGAACCGGCUGACUUCGUGCGUGCCAACCCGGACCGCAUCCGCGUCAACCCGGCCGGGUGGAAGAUCAUGCACGACGUGCUCAAGAACCAAGUGGUCCCCAACGACGACCUGCUCAACUUUGAGGCCUCGACGCGAGAGAGCGGCUGGGCGCAUCUCACGGACCUCAGACAUCCGCUCAUGCCUGGAAGGAUCGCCACGCCCGAAAACAUCAUCGCCUCGGUCGCAUUUACAGAGGGCAAGCUGAACGUGGAGAGCUACGAGGAAAACAAGUCGUAUAGGCUGGUAACCGGGUAUGAAGGGCCCAUUCAGAUGCCGGACAGCUGGAUCGCCAAGUUGAGGAAACAUUUCGAGUCGCUCUGA